GCAAUUUCGCCGCUUGGUGGCAGCGCCCAUCAUGAUGAUGCUGGCGCGUGCUCGGGGCCUCCAGCAGCGCUGGCGCAGUAGCCUCUCGCCGGCGUACACCAAGCUGCUCGAUAUCGUACGCAUCGAGCGCAACCUCCAGGCGCCGCGCUCCGAUGUCACGUACCUUCCGACCAAGUACCAGGUUCCUUUUGACGACGCCUUACCAUCGCACUCGCACGGACACACCAUUGACGUCUCGGCGCUGCGGGGAAGUUUAAACGAGCUCAAGCACUCGCGACACACGAAGCUGCAUGGCAACGUGCUCGUCGCCCAGGACUUUGUUUUGCCAGACAACGACCCGCUAUGGUCCAAGGAUGCGUGGGGCUUUAAGCUCGGAAUCUUUGUCUCGACUCUUCGGUCGGGAGGUCGUGACAAGUGCCCCGCGCCGCGCCGUGCUGGACUCGACGCUCUUGGUUUCGUCAGGGACUGGCUUGAAAAGAGCUGGAACCUCCGGAUCCAAGCGCUCACCACGUACAAGGAGCUCCACGGUGACCUUAUCGUGCCUCAGUCGUUUGUGGUUCCCGACGAUGAUGUCGCAUGGCCGACCGAGAUGCGCGGGAUGCGCCUCGGCCUUGCCGUCAACUACAUUCGCCACAGAGAAGAGGAAUGUCCACUGGAGCGCAAGGCACAGCUCGACGCCCUUGGGUUUGAGAGGGACUGCCUCGAAGAGAACUGGAACUUUCGCAUUGCCGCGCUCACCAAGUACAAGGAGCUCCACAGUGACCUUCUUGUGGCUGCUUUGUUUGCGGUUCCCAACAAUGACGCUGCGUGGCCGAAUGAGUUUUGGGGCAUCAAAAUCAGUAGUAUGGCGUUGAACCUCCGCGGACGCGAAUCUUUAUGUCCACCCGAGCGCAAGGCCGAGCUGGACGCCCUCGGAUUUCGCUGGAAGAUCAAAAGCACUUGA